GGCGAUGCGCGCAGAUUGUGUUUUGGUGGAUGUGGUGCUCGCGGAGGCUGAGCGUGUGUGACGUCAGAGCGUCGGCGGAGGUGGGCAGGGAGAUUCAGUUAGAAGAGCGAUCGUUGAAGAGCGCUCAUUCCGACUCUGCGUGGCUCACUGUCCCGCGUCCGGUUGUGUUCAGGGUGGGUCGUGUUGCUGGCGCGCCCCCAGAGCCCCUUCAGGGACGCGCAACUUUUUUUUUUUUUUUUUCCUAUUUCCUCUUUCAUUCAUUUAUCCGCAGCACAUCCGCGUCUGGCUGCUGCUGCUCACAGGAAAAGACUCCGAUCUCUUCCGCAUAGACUGGAUUUCUACCCAGAGAGAAGGUCACAAGAGUCCCCUCCAAAGACCCGGGAAAUGAAGCCUCCUGCUGGAGCGGAACCAGGAUUUCUCAGACUAGAACUGCUUUAUGCCUGAUUUGGUCCCAGAGGCUUUCCAGAAGUCCCCCCACCACCUCUAUUUCACUGAUCAGCCCAGGACGCGUGUGUGCCGUGCGCGUCUCCAGCGCGCAGUUUUAAUCAUAAUGCACCGUAUUUAGAGCGACCUGGGAUCAGAUUAGAUGCCACAUUAAGCGGGGAUGGCGAACGAGUGGAAUCGCAAUAUCGUGGAAAACUAUAUCUGCCAUAAACUCUCAAAGAGGGGGUUCGCGUGGGGCUUCGAUGACGGUGCUGUCGCCAAUAACGGCUCAGUGGGUGACCGCUCUCCGACUGUGGUCCGCAGGUGCAGAGAGGCUGGAUCACCGGGCCCCGAUGUGGACUGCAGACGGAUCUCCCAGCAGCCCGAGCCGCUCGCGGACAUCCACAGGGUCAUGCGGGAGGCUGGAGACGAGCUGGAGAGACUCUACCAGUUGGACUUUACGGAGAUGUCACGGCAGCUGUACCUCACCAACGCCACGGCCAAGACCCGGUUCGCCGAGGUGAUAGAUGAACUGUUCCGGGACGGGGUGAACUGGGGCCGGAUUAUCGCUUUCUUCGAGUUCGGGGGCACAGUGUGCGUGGAGUGCGCGUCCAGAGAGGAGAUGGCAACGCAGGUCGACACCAUAGCAGAGUGGAUGACGGAAUAUUUAAACGGUCCUCUUCUUAACAGCUGGAUAGAAGAUAACGGGGGAUGGGGUGCGUUUGUGGACCUGUAUGACCGACAGAAGGACUCCGUCUUCAGCUGCUACUGGCCGUCCAUCAAGACCGUCUUUGGCCUGGCUGCACUCGGGGCGGCCAGCAUCACCAUCGGAGCGUACCUUGCACAAAAGUGAUCGGGCUCCCUUCACUCUAUCAGCUAUCAACCCCGUUUCGUAACAGCGUGCUCCCUUUUCCUCUCGCCUCCUGUAUUUUUAUUCUUUUUGUAAAGAUGCCCCCCCUGACCCCUCAGAGACAACCUUCAGACUGAAUCUGGCUCUCUUCAAAGCCUCUCUGAGAAAAUUCCUUUUUCUGCUGCACAUUCAUGUCAAAACAGACACAAAUCAAAGGCAGCAGAGGGAACCAGGGGGCUCAGCCCGAAGAGCAAAGGAUGUCUGAGGUGGAAUCACACUAAGUUAAGGAGAAACGAGGAGUGCAUGUCUAUUUUGGGUUCAUUUCAUCCUGCUUGCUUGUAAAACUAGUUAAAGCAUGAUUAGUUUAGACUUUUGCAUGUGUGGGUCUUUUUUAUUUUUAUUUGGAGAGCUUGAUGGUCGGGGUGCAGGAUCAGUGAUGCCAGAAAGUAGACCACAGCAGAUCCUCCUCUGCUUGUUGGGGUGAAGGAUUCCCCCCCCCCCCCCCACACACACACACAUACACCCCAUUUGAACUGUGGACUCCAGUUACCUCCCUACAGCCAUCCUUCAAAGGACUUCCUCUGCAGAACAGCUGCUCAGAAUGUAUAAUGGAAACGGCUCACUACAAGCAGUGCAGAGUGUGUCUCUACUGUUAUGGGCUCCUCAGACAGCUCGGGUGAACUCUUUGCACUGUCACACUCUCCUGACCUGUAAAGGAAAACAGGAAGUCUCCGCUUUCUGUAGCAAAGUUUGGAAUUUGUCAUGCAUGUUGAUCCGGGUAGAGAGGUUUGCAGAAGAGUUCUCUUAAACUCAUCUUUUUUUCGUUUUAAAGCAUGCAUUUCUCAAGCAGUGUGAUGUGGAGAAGGCCACAUGCAUGCUAUAACAUUCAAACACAGCUCUGAUGAUCCACACAACCCCACCCCCUCAAAAAACUCUGAAAGCUCUUAGAGCUGUUUUCUCUCUGCAGCAGGUAGUUUGAGAGCUGUCCACACACAUCCUUCAGAGACUGCGUUGACGUGCACGAAGAAAUCCCGGCGCGGCCACAUGUGACUGAGUGGGGUUGUGGCGGCGGCAGCAUUUCAGUUCAGGACUAAAAAGCCAACUGGAACCUGAGAUGUCCCCAUCUCCGCCGUCUGCAGGAGCAGCCAGGGAUUGAUCUGUGCUUCUCAGCUUGUUUUAUUGAUGUUUGUCUUGUGUUACGGUCUGAUGGGAAAAAAAGAAAAAAUCGGAAAUGCUUGCAGUCUGAAUUUUUUUUUAUUAACCCUCUGGAGGCAGGCAUUGCAGAUUUGCUACGUUAAAACCUACCGUACCUACCUGGUUACUCCACAAACGUAUUUCAUGAGCAUUUUUUUUUACUCAGAAGUACCCCUGAAGGACUUAGUUGUUUGUUGAGAGGGUUAACAGAGAAGUGAAAAGUACCCCCUCUACACACACACACACACACACACACACACACACACACACACACACACACACACACACACACACACAAUAUUUUUGCUUUUUUUGCAUCACAGAUAAAUGUUUAAGAUCUGCAAAUACAUUUCAAUAUCAGACAAAUAUGGAAAGUAAAUAGAAAUUGUGUUAUUGAGGUCAAAGUUCAGUCUCCUUCAGGAUUUAACCAUGGUUCUGUCAGGUGGGUCAGCAGCCCAGACCAUCACACCUCCACAUCCAUGUUCAACUGUUGGUGGGAUGCAAACUUUUGCCUUGAAUAUUUUCCUUCAUGUCUAGGGGAUCAUCAAGGUCAAGCAUGCCCAAAGUGUGGCCCAGGGGCCAUUUGUAGCCCUGAGGGUGAUUUUUUGUGGCCCCCCUGGCAUUUGUAGUAAAAAUAUUUUAUCACCUUUUAUGCUUUGAACAUGUUUAUGUUUCUGUUUUUUUCUUUUUUUUUUUUCUAAUAUGAGGCUUAUUUUUAAAUAGUACAAAAAAAGUCAUGAUUACAUUUUUUGUGGCCCUCAUCUUGAACAGUUUGGACACUCCUGAUUAAGGUGGGUGUUUUUUUUUAAAAGGAGGGGGUGUUUUUGGUCAGCAGAGGUUUAAACGGGUUAUUUUCUUGAUUUUAUUUAUAAGAGGAAAUGCUGGUUUGGUUUGUGAGAUCUUUUAGCCUGCUUCAUAUUGUCAGACCAGUUCUAGUCUAAGUGAGUGUGGGUGUAACAAAGUCAGUUUCCAAAUAAUGUGGCUAAUUAUCACAUUUUAAAACUUAAUUUAGAAUUUAGUUGUUGGGUUAUUUUUUAUAUAUUCUGAGAUUUUAGGGUUCUAUCUAUCUGAUUUUGGAGCUUAUUUGCUGAUUUGAAUAAGUUUGGUGAUUAAAAAUGAAAAACAGAAGAAAUCUGUAAGGAAGAAAAUAGUUUACCGCAGCUCGGUAAAAUCUCUUAAACAUUUUCAAACUUUUUUGUUGCACGGAUGAAAGUCACAGUGCAUAAUCACCAUAUUUAUAACAGACUUAACUAGAAGAAAUAACAAAUAAGUUGUUUUUUUCUAUUUAUUACGAGGUACAAGAUCACAGAUUAUUAACAAUAAUUUUUUGAAAUAGAAAAAUGUCACUUUUUUUGCUCUUUUUCUACAAAAUCACACUGUAAUGAUGUUAUUUUCCUGGCUGCUAUUAAAACAAUGUUUAGGAAUUAAUUUCUGUGUCAAUAUUGGCUUGAAGCUGCUAGACUGUCAGUUUAACUUUAACCCACAGCUUUGAACUGCCACAAUAACCACAGUGUAGAUAUAGAGAGCUGGAAACCAAAGUAAACUUGUAUUAAUAUUUCACCUAAAAGAAGAAAAAAACUCACUUUGGGCUGACUGAGAGGUUUGUGUGUGAGCUUUUUGUAGCGUUGCUGUAUUAUAUCAACUUCACUUUACUCAUCUUUGUGCUCAGAUGAUGCUUAUGUGUAAAAAUGUCAAGCCAGACCUCCUUAAUCAUCCUCGUAAAAAUAAAACAACACCUGAUAUUCCAGUAAAACAGCUCACAGAUGUUGCCUGUGAUGUUCGUGUGUGUGUGUAAACCAGAGCAGGAAUAGAAAUAGCAAUAUACUGUACUUUUUAUAUCUUCUGUCCAUAUAUGAAUGUAGCACUCUUGUUGCUGUUCCGUUUUAUGUCUAUAAUCGCAAACUUGUAGCACUUCUAUGACAAAAGAAAAGUGGCGCGUGUUUCUGUUGUUUACUGCUAUAUCCACGAUAAGCUAGUGGGAUCAUAUUGUUCCUAAUAAUAAAUCAGAUUUCUGUAGCA